AUGUUCUAACAGAGAAAACCCCUUUUCUUAACUUAUACAGAUGUUGAUCACAUUACUGAGAGCAUCUAUCUGGGGAAUGUGAAUGCAGCUAAUAACCUUACCCAGCUCAAAAGAUUUCUGUUUAAGUAUAAAGUUGUUGAUAUCCUGGACUCCCCAGCUUGCAACUUGGCUUAAUAUUUUGAUGAAGCUGUUGAGUAAUAAUAAAAUGUUUUCAAUAAAAUAUAUUUAGAUUUAUCAAAGAAGGCAAUUCUUAAGGGAAUAAAGUUUUUGUGCACUGGGAUUUCAAGAUCAUCUAGCUGUGUAAUUGCCUACCUGAUGAAGGAAAAAGGAUAUUCAUUUCAUUCAGCGCUUUAUCAAGUUAGAUUGAAAAGACCAAUAGUUUGCCCUAAUGUUGGUUUUCAAAAAUAAUUGCUUGAUUAUGAAUCUGGGUUAAGACAAGAAAUAAGCAAUAGUAGAAUAGGCAAUAGAUCUCAUUCUCUAGCCACAACCUAUUAGCUCUAAUAAGAAAAAUUAAAGAGACAGCAAUAAGAAGAAGAGGAAAAAAAGUAAGAUCUUACCUCUACUUUAAAGCCAGAUUCUCCUCUAAAAGGCAUAGCAAAUUAAUCACUAGUUAGCCAAUAGCAAACUCCUCUUUCCAUUAACAACAUAGGAUAAAAGCCUAAAACAUCAUCUAAUAUUAAUUUCUUCGGUAUUAACCAAAGAAAUGAGUAAAUUCAAAAGAAAUCUCAAUUUGAGAUAGCUGGAACCUCGAUGAUUUAAUCAGGUAAAACUCCCACAGCAGAUUUAUUAAAAAACCAAGCAGCUAACCUGCAAUAAAAUAUUUUUCCCCAGCCUACAAGCAAAUAAGGUCUCAGAAAUUACUCUAAUACACUACCUACAUCUUUACAAAAUACAUAGAAGAUAAGUUUUUCAUCAAUUGGAAGUGGUAUUGGGAGUGAGAAAGUUUAGCAAAAUUAAAUAAAUAGUACUUAUUAGUAGAGUACCUAAGCAUAAAGUACUAGCAAGGUAAUGAUGGGAUCAAUAGGACUUUAAGCUAAGGAUAGUAAUUCUGUUUCAUUGUAAAAUAACUAACUCGUUUAGUGCUAGCAUUGCAAAACUUAGCUUUUCAAGAAAGAUGAUAUUUUAUCUCAUUAGCCAAUCAAAGCUCAAGACAAGACGACACAACCUGAUAAGAUGAAUGGACAAUAUAACAGUAAUCAACUCUUGAAUCAAUAUAAGGGACAGUAUAAUAACUUAAACAUCAAAAGUCUUCAAAACAGUCAGAAUAAUUCUAUUUGCUCUGAGUUUUUCAUUCCAAAAAAGGAUUGGAUUCUUACUCUAGAGGGACAUUUUGGAAGUAUUUACUGCCCUAAGAAAGAAUGCCAUUAAAAAAUUGGAAUCUAUUCAAGCUCUGGCCUGAAAUGUAAAUGUGGUAAAUAGAUUAAUCCUGGUUUUCUAGUUUACAAAGAUAAAUGCACCAAUUUAUGA